AGCAACUCUACCCACUUUUUAUUGCUAUAUAUCCAAAUGAUUAUUUAUUGCUAAUAUAAAUAAUCGAUUUACAAUAGUAUAGUACAGUACAUUAGUACAACUAAAAUGUAACAUUGCCUCAAAAAAAAAAAAACUAACAUACUGAAAUUGCACUAUCAUUAUAGUUGAGUCCAAAAUGAUAUUAAGCCUUAAUUUAAACUACAUAUUCCAACCGAGUGCUAGUAGUCUCUUUCAAGACUAUCAUGAACCUUUGGUGCGUAUGGUGCAAGGAAUGUGUACAUAGUAGAAUUGAUUAAACCACCUUGCACAUGCACAUUAACUGAAUGGGGGGCAGCAUAAAUUGACCUUGAAAAUUACACACAUAGAUAGACAUCAAUUUUUGUACUAAUUCAUGACACCCCAUUACCAUUUACGUAGUCAAAUUUGCUGGCUUCAACUUUUCAUUAAUAAAGAAAACAAAACUUCCCAAAAUCUUAUCCUCAACUCUACAUCUAUUAAUACACACUUCACUCACAUUUGGGUUCUAUACUCUCUCUCCCAAUCUCAAAUCAUUGUGUAAGCAAAAUAGAAUGAACCUCAUCUUCACCACAACCCUUCUCAUCCUACUUACUAUCUCCACCUUACUUCCCCUUAAUGCAAAUGGUGCUAAAUGCCACGUGGACGAUGAAUCGGGUCUACUAGCUUUCAAAUCCGGCAUCAAAUCUGAUCCAACAUCCAUACUGAAGACAUGGAUAGCGGGUACAGAUUGUUGUACAUGGAAUGGUGUAGGGUGUUUAUUCGACAAUAAGCGAGUCACAAGUUUGUCCUUAUCCGGUGACACCGAAAAUCCAAAAAGUUUCUUGGUAGGUACACUCUCACCCUUACUCUCAAAACUUAAAUACCUAGAUGGACUCUACCUCCAAAACCUCCUAAAUAUUUCGGGUCCUUUUCCGGAUUUUCUCUUUAAACUACCAAAUCUCAAAUACAUUUACAUUGAAAAUAACAAACUUUCGGGUCAAAUACCCGAAAACAUUGGCAACUUGAACCAAUUAGAAGCACUGAGUCUAGAAGGAAACCGAUUCACAGGAACGAUCCCGAGUUCAAUAUCUGCAUUGACUCGUGUAACUCAGUUAAAACUUGGUAACAAUUUUCUCACAGGAACAAUUCCAGAAUCCAUUAAAAACCUUAAAAAUCUCACAUACCUUAGUCUCCAAGGAAACCAACUCAGUGGUAACAUACCCGAAAUUUUCACUUCUUUAUCAAACCUUAUUAUCCUCGAACUUUCUCGGAAUAAAUUUUCCGGGAAAAUUCCACUUUCCAUCUCAUCUCUAUCUUCAAACUUAAGGUACCUUGAGGUAGGACACAAUUCACUUUCCGGGAAAAUCCCAGAUUUUCUCGGAAAAUUCAAAGCACUUGACACAUUAGAUCUCUCAAAAAACCAAUUUUCAGGAACUGUACCGAAGAGUUUUGCAAACUUAACAAAAAUCUUCAACCUUGAUCUCUCAGACAAUUUUCUCGUUGACCCAUUUCCUUCAAUGAACGUUAAAGGCAUCGAAUCAUUGGAUUUGUCACGAAAUAUGUUUCAUUUGAAGGAAAUUCCGAAAUGGGUCGCUUCAUCUCCUAUUAUCUACUCUUUGAAACUUGCACAUUGUGGAAUAAAGAUAAAACUUGAUGAUUGGAAACCAUCAGAAACUUUUUUCUAUGAUUAUAUUGAUCUUUCUGGGAAUGAGAUUUCAGGAAGUGCAAUUGGGUUGUUGAAUAAGACAGAAUAUUUGAUCGAGUUUCGAGGUUCGGAGAAUUUGUUGAAGUUUGAUUUGGGGAGUUUAAGGUUUGGUAAUAAGUUGAAGGUUUUGGAUUUGUCACAUAAUUUGGUGUUUGGAAAAGUGACAAAAAGUGUUGUUGGAAUUGAGAAGUUGAAUGUUAGUUAUAAUCAUCUUUGUGGUGAAAUUCCAAAGAAUAAUUUUUCUGCUAGUGUUUUUGUUGGAAAUGAUUGCUUGUGUGGUUCUCCUUUGAAGCCUUGCAAAGUGUAGUGUUGUAAAGUUUAGUUCAUCAAGGUUCCAGUGAUUUAGAGCAAUUAUGGGAUAUAAAUUCAGAGACUUAUAAUAUUGACACUUCAGUGUUACUAUUACUAUAGUGAUAAGAGUUUAGUUUUUAUACUUUUCGUUAAUAUAAGAAAAAAUUAAUUUUUUAGAUUCAUGAAAUGAUUGAUAUAUUUGGUUUAAAAAAUAGACUAAAUACAUUUAACAUUUUAUUAAUCUAGAUAACAAAUUCUCUCUGAUAUUAAGGACUAGAUGGAAUAAUAAAGUUUUCUCCUUCAAUGUUUUUAUAAAAAUAAGAAGAAUAUGAAUAAAAAUUAGAAGAAUUGAUGUAUGCGGAGGGAAUGAGGUUUGAAUUCAAUUAUGAUGUUCAAUAUAAUAAUUUUGAUAUUUUUGUUUGUUGA